GCCCCGUCCGCGCCCGCUCCGCUCGCCUCGCCUCUCUUCCUCGCCGCCUCACCUCUUCCGCGCCAGACAUGGCCCCCAGCACUGUGGCCGUGGAGCUGCUCAGCCCCAAAGAGAAAAAUCGACUGCGCAAGCCGGUGGUGGAGAAGAUGCGCCGGGACCGCAUCAAUAGCAGCAUCGAGCAGCUGAAGCUGUUGCUGGAGCAGGAGUUCGCGCGGCAUCAGCCCAACUCCAAGCUGGAGAAGGCUGACAUUCUGGAGAUGGCCGUCAGCUACCUGAAACACAGCAAAGCCUUCGCCGCCGCCGCUGGCCCCAAGAACCUGCACCAGGACUACAGCGAAGGCUACUCGUGGUGCCUGCAGGAGGCGGUGCAGUUUCUGACGCUGCAUGCUGCCAGCGACACGCAGAUGAAGCUACUUUACCACUUUCAGCGGCCGGCGGCUGCACCCACUGCACCCUCCAAGGACAAGUGA